UGUUUUGUGUACUCAAACCGGUUCAAAAAUUCCCGCAUAUUUUAACUAACAACUAUCACCCCCCACCCCCUUCUCUCUCCACCACCCCUUUUCAGUUUUCACACCAAAAUCUAGUCUCCGCCGCCGCAAUGCUCCCGUACGCCACCCUGGACGAGGCAGCGGCGGCGCUAGGAAGGAAUCUGACAGUAGCAGAGACGUUAUGGUUCAAUUACUCUGCAAAAAAGUCAGAUUAUUAUCUUUAUUGCCAUAACAUCUUGUUUCUUUUUCUGAUCUUCUCUGUCGUGCCUUUACCCGUGGUUUUCAUAAGUCUAUGGCGAUCUAGUGGGUUUGAUAAGUACAAGAUUCAGCCUAAAGUCAAGCUGUCUCCUUCUGAGACUUUCAAGUGUUACAAGGAUGUUAUGUUUAUGUUCUUUUUUGUCGUGGGGCCUUUACAGUUGGUUUCUUAUCCAUCUGUCAAGUUGAUAGGGAUUCGAACAAGUUUGCCAUUGCCUUCCGGAUGGGAAGUCUUUCUACAGUUGGUGGUGUAUUUCAUGGUGGAAGACUUUACCAAUUACUGGAUCCACAGAUUUCUCCAUGGUAAAUGGGGAUACGAGAAAAUCCACAAAGUUCACCAUGAAUAUACAGCUCCUAUUGGGUUUGCUGCCCCAUACGCGCACUGGGCCGAAGUUUUGAUCCUCGGAAUUCCAUCUUUUCUUGGUCCAGCUAUGGUUCCUGGGCACAUGAUCACAUUUUGGCUUUGGAUUGCUUUACGGCAGAUUGAGGCGAUUGAGACGCACAGCGGAUACGACUUUCCCUGGACUCCUACAAAAUAUAUUCCAUUUUAUGGUGGUGCAGACUACCAUGAUUACCAUCAUUAUGUUGGAGGACAAAGCCAGAGCAACUUUGCAUCGGUGUUCACAUACUGUGAUUUUAUUUACGGAACUGACAAGGGCUAUCGGUUUCAGAAGAAGCUUCUUUGGAAGGUCAAUGUGAAGCAGUAUGAAUACAGCUAUGCCUUCUACUUGGAUUCUGCACCAUUAAUUCCUGCUAAUAUCGUAUCCCUUUUGUGCAAUUCAGUUGAAAAAGGGAGUGGAAAACGGUGUUGAGCAGAAUGGAGGUUCCUACUAUGUUCCUACACAAGAUCUUAAAUCUGACUAGCUGUCGAACAGCAGAAUUCUUAUUCAAGAAAACCUACCAUUUGAAGCUGACGUUGUCCAUAUGCUAGUCCGGUUACUUUCAAGUUGUUAGUGUUUCAGGUGGAUAUGAUUUCAUGUUUUCUGUAACUUGAGGAGGGGAGUUUUAGCGUUGAAUGUUGUCAAGUUUCAGAAUGAGGGUUUUCUUUAAUUGAAAAGCUGCUGGAUACAAUGUCUUGCAACUUCAGAUUUU